AUGAACUUUCAUAUAGGAGAAUGGUUGAGUUUAGGGUUCAAACAAGAAGAUUCUAAAUCACCAAAACCUCUUCAAAACAACAAGGUAUUCUCAUGCAACUUCUGCAUGAGAAAGUUUUACAGCUCACAAGCCUUAGGGGGUCACCAGAAUGCACACAAAAGGGAAAGAGAAGCAGCUAGUUACCAAUUAUCUUCAUCAAUGGAACUUGCUUAUUCUAAAUCUUUGACACCAAAGUCACUAGGAAUCAAACCUCACUCUCUUGUGCGCAAACCAAUCAGAGAAAGAGCUUCUACUACAGUGGCUCGAUUUAACAAUGACGCACUUGCUCUUGAACAAGGGGUGAAGUUUGCAUGGCAUGGAAACUUUAGAAUGGAGUUGCCAAAGGAAGAAUCACAUAUCCAAAAGCUUGACUUAGAUCUUAGGCUUUGA